AUGGGGGACUCGCAGCAGGCCGUAGCCGCAUCACAGAAACAGGCAAUCAUGGACGAACUGUGCUUUCAGAGAGUUCUUCUUCAGUCUAUCGAUCAUAAUGUACAGGACAAGGAGGAUGCAACACAGCAAGUGAAGCUAGAGAUAGCUGUAUUGGAGAAAAGGUUGAGGGACUUGAAGCGCGCCACUCAGCCUACAGCCUCGAAUUCUUCUCGCGACAUAUCAUCCCUUGUAUCUUCUCAAGCCUCAUCUUCAAACAAGACACCUUCUAAGAAUCCUAUCGCCGAGGGAGCCGUUGACAGUAUGGAUGGUUAUAUGAAUCAGGAGCAAUCACAACGCCAGUCGGGAGUUGAUUCAACAGCUUCUACCCCGAACUCGCACUCUGCGAACUCGAUUCCAGAAAUGACCACACCUUCCUCGAUGAACCUCGUAUCUCGCAAACGAACACACAGCAAACACGUCGAUGGAGGGCUUGCACCUCCUUUUUACGGAGGCAACAAAUCUCGACGUACUUCUCCGAGCCCAUACACAAGUCCAGCAACGCCAGGUGAAAGUUCAGGGUAUGGAUACCCUAUGAUUGGUGAUGGUUUUCCCGACCUCACUAUGGAUGACGAAUUUGCCGCUUUCGAUAAGGAGUUCUUCCAAAGCCAGAAGGUUGCGGAGGAUCAGGCUAAACAACAGAAGCUAGACGAAGACUUUGCUCGUAGUCUACAGAGUGAUGGCUUUGCAGUAAUCAAUCCACCCUCCACCUCGGGACCUUCGGGCUUUGAUCGAAAUGCUGGAUAUCUCCAGGCGUCGAGCUCUUCACCUACGAAUACACUUUCCAGCUCUGCACAAAAUGCGUUUCAUCGAAUGUCGGGAGUACGCCAUGGGUCGAGCUCAUCUACCAUAGCAUCAAACAAUCGCGAAAACGCACAUACAGCUUCAGCCAGGAAGCUUCCACCUGGCUGGAACAAUAGUGCAGUAUCCAGCGGUAAUUAUUUCGGUACGAACUUCGUCUCGCCGUUCAAGACAGAGUCAAGCAAUCCUUUAAGUAUGAAUUCCUUUGCGCCCGUCAAGGCAGAGCAGAAGUACUCGAUCCCUGGUGCCUUCCAAGAUGACUCCUCUGUUGGUAGUGAUUCCGACAUAGAGAUCAUUCCCCCAUCGGCGUUUCGUGACAAUGGACGACACCCUACAACAUCUAGUGGAACAUUGGGAACACAGCGCCAGCUCCCAAACCUUUCACCUGAAGAAAUAGCGGCUGGUAAUGCUGCUCUUAGUCGUCUCGAGCAAUCUGCCCCCAAUACUGCCUUGCAGCGAGCAAUGUAUGGUAAGCAGAAACGUCCAAGCUGGAUGCACACUCAAUCCUACCCUGCACCACUAGGCUCCAUGGGCUCGUCUAGAUCUGGUGGAUAUCCAUCUCAACAUUUGGACAUGGGAGUGGGCAUGGGAAUGCCCGGUGGUUACUCGGGAGAUUUUGUGUAUCCUCACUCUGCUUACACACCUAUAGGAACCGGUAUGCCAAAGCAAGAACCUGGAUUGGGAUACCAUUUGAACGGCUUAAGCACUGGCUACGAUUUCCCACAAUAUAAUCCACGGCUGGGUGUCAUUGGUCGUUCAAACACGCAAAGUUCCGAUGAUCUCUACGGCCUAGAUAGUAUUUCCGGGUAUGACUUUAGCGGGGAGAUGAAAGAGCAGUACGACUACAUUGUCAAUGAUCCUCGCAAGAACCACGAAGAAAUCAAGUCGUUACUACAGAAUAUUUGUGCGGAUGUUGAUCUACCUGCUGAGAGUAGGGAAGGAACACCCGAGGGUCUCAAAUAUCCCUUGUAUGAACACCAAAAGGUCGCCUUAACUUGGCUCAAGUCAAUGGAGCAGGGAACUAACAAAGGCGGUAUUCUCGCUGAUGAUAUGGGAUUGGGAAAGACUCUUAGCGCUUUGGCUUUGAUUUUGACUAGGCCAUCCGCUGAUCGGGCUCGCAAGACCACCCUUAUUGUCGGCCCGGUCGCACUACUUCGUCAAUGGGAGCGCGAGAUUCGACAGAAAAUUAACGGCAGUCAUAGAUUGAGUACUAAACUAGUUCACGGACAAAAUAGGAAGAUCAGUUGGGACGACCUUCGAAAUUUCGAUGUUGUUUUGACGAGUUACGGCACUCUAGGCGCUGAGCACAAACGCCUGGAAGUUUACCUCGAAAAAGAAAAAAAGUCCGGCAACCGCGACGUUGAUCAGACGCCGAUGAAGAAGCUCUUCCCUAUGUUAGGGCCGAAGAGUUUAUUCUACCGUAUCAUUCUCGACGAGGCUCAGUGCAUCAAGAACAAGAGUACACGAUCGGCUCGAGCUGCUUGUACUCUCAAAUCUAUGUUCAGACUCUGCCUUACUGGAACUCCUAUGAUGAAUAAUGUUGGGGAGCUAUACUCUUUGAUACACUUCCUGAGGAUCAAGCCUUACAACGAGUGGCAGAGGUUUAGUAAGGAGUUCGGUAUGUUGACAAAAGGCUCCACAAGAAAGUAUGACGCCGAUCGAGCGAUGCAAAGACUGCAGACUGUUUUAAAGGCGAUCCUUCUUCGUCGUACGAAACAAUCACAGAUUGAUGGCAAGCCAAUCAUAAAUUUGCCCCCCAAAACAAUCGAGACCCAGCACGUUGUGUUUAGCGAUGAUGAGCUAUCGUUCUAUCAAGCCCUGGAGUCCAAGACACAAAUCCAGUUUAACAAGUAUCUGAGACAAAACACAGUUGGCAAGAACUACUCGAAUAUUCUGGUCCUUUUAUUGCGUCUUCGACAAGCCUGUUGCCAUCCGCAUCUAAUCACAGAUUUCGACGAUGCGCCUCCUACUGCAGACCAUCUCACGGCAGAGAUAAUGCAAGAACUAGCUCGAAGUCUUUUGCCGGAUGUUGUUACCAGGCUACUUGGGGCGGAUGGAUUCGAGUGCCCCAUCUGUUACGAUGGAGUACUAAACCCGAGUAUCAUUAUUCCUUGUGGUCACAAUACGUGCCCUGAAUGCCUCGCUUCGAUAUCGACCGCAGCAGCGCAGCAGAAUAUCGCUGACGGGAAUGAAGGCGUAGCCCACGCAAAAUGUCCCGAGUGCCGUGGCGACCUUGACUCGAAUAAGAUUAUUGACUACCGCACGUUCAAAAAGGUCCAUGACCCUAAUGCAGCCGGUGAUGAUGAUAAGGCUGCUGCCCCUGGCGUUAGCGACGAUGAUAGCACCGACUCAGGUUCCGAAACAGAGGAUGAGGAUGAUGCCGAUAGUGAUGGAGAUCUAAGGGAUUUCAUUGUCCCUGAUGACAUUGUUGAUACCGAGGAUGAGGAAGAAGCUGAUGGCGAGUGUGUUAAUGAAGGCGACGAUGAGGUUGAGGUUGAGCCCAAGGCAAAAUCCAGAUCCAAGACCAAGAAAUCCUCGAAGCGUAGCAAGAAGGAGAAAAAGGACAAGAAGGGCAAGGGAAAAGAGAAGGAGAAACCACAUUUGUCGCUCGCGAUGUUGAAGAAGGAAGCCUCGAGAUCCGCCAAGGGCAAACGCCAAUACUUGCGCUAUCUUCGCAAGAACUGGCAACCCUCUGCCAAAGUCGACAAGUGCGUAGAUCUUCUGGAACAAUUUCAAAAAGAAGGCGAAAAGACUAUUGUAUUUAGUCAAUUCGUUUCCCUACUGGAUCUCCUCCAAGUCCCAAUCGACGAGCGGGGCUGGACAAUGGAACGCUACGACGGCGGUAUGAAUAGCGACGCCCGUAACGAUGCCAUUGUCCGCUUUACCGACGACCCGAAAUGCAAGAUCAUGCUUAUCUCCCUCAAAGCCGGGAAUGCUGGCCUUAACCUUGUUGCCGCUUCUCGCGUCAUUAUCCUCGAUCCAUUUUGGAACCCGUAUAUCGAAUACCAGGCCGUUGACCGAGCAUAUCGUAUUGGUCAGCAGAAACCAGUUCAGGUCCAUAGGAUUUUGAUCGAGGGUACCGUUGAGGAUCGAAUUAUUGAGAUGCAGAAGCAAAAGGAGAAGCUGGUCAAUGCUGCGCUAGACGAGGGUGCUAAUAAGAGUCUUGGAAGACUUGAUGUGGCGCAGUUGGCGUAUUUGUUUGGUGUCGGACGGUAA